AUGGUAGUAUGUGAAUUGGACAAAGGAGUGUCGGGUGGCAUUUUAGGAUGGAAAAUACCGGCCUGGCAAGCUCUGCUUCUUCACCGAGUUUUACCAUCAUGUGGAGGUUUGAUCGUUUAUUUGACCGUCGUUUGCUUCGAUUUGGCACUAGCAUUCCAAAACUUCCAAAGAGGCGACAAAGUGCUCGGUAUAUUCUGCCUCAUAGUGAUGAUAUUACCAGCGAUUUUGUCACUGGUUUUUACACUAGCCUCACCACCUCCAGGGUUGCAAAUAGAAUUGACUGCGUUCACCGUAACAAUACAGAAGAACGAUAUUAAAUGGAUCUUUGUAGAAAUUUUACGUGCUCUUUUUUUCCCCGUUGCUGCUAUUGGAAGAUAUUGUUAUUUAAUAUUCUGGUGGAUAGAAGCAGUCUAUGCGUCCCGCGACCAAGAUAAGGAACGAACACGGGAGGCUCUCUAUCGGGCCCGAACGCCCUCCUCCAUGGAAUUGUAUCUAUUUCUUCAAGCUUUUAUACAUUGCGCGCCUCUCGCUAUUGUCAAUGCCCUAGACAUGAUGGUACAUUACGCGAAUCCCGCAUUUGACAAAAUUAACUUGCAAGCCCUUAGUAUGAUUGCAGCAUCAUUACGAAUGGCAAGUACUGCAACGAUGUACAGAAGGUUUGAGAGAGAAAAAUUGUGUGGCAGAAAAUACCCGUGGAACAAUAAUAACAAAGAGAAAGAUGAUGAUAAUUUUAAUGAAACACAAAAUAAAAAGGCUAAUAAUGAAAAUUUGAAAAAUAAAAACGAGGAAGACAAUAGUAUGUAUGAAUCAGUCAUAAAAAGGCAGACUUUAGAAUUACAAAGUUUUAUUGGUAACAGGGAAGAGAUUGUUAGUGACAUGAUACAAUUUUCGCCUCGAAGUUCCGAGUUUCAAAACAUUAUUUAUGAAGAUGACGAAUACUCGGACGAAAAUUCAGAUUAUUUGCCACCGGAGACAAGAAACGAAGAGCUAAAUAAUAGCGAUGAUGAAUAUGUGAGACCCAUAUCAAUCAUUGAUAAAGUGGCACCGUGGAGGCGUGAAACAGAUUACGUGAUUGAAAGGGUAUACAUUCCGGCACCGCCGACAACCACGGCGCCGCGGCCAGGUUCUUUCGCCGUGUGGGCAGAGAAAUUAGUUGAGAAUGCGGAGUCUAUUCCCACGUGGCUAUCUGCGCCGCCUAGAAGAAAGCACUGGGAAGUUAUUCCGGAUGAGCCGGAUAUCCCGAUACGUAUUCCGCGAUCUUACAUGCGCGGACUUGAACCUCAAGACGCAAUUGCCGCUUUAGUUCAUUUCUUAGGAUGGUAUGCAUUUUUUGUAGCACGUUUGCUCUCUAUAGCAGCCUUUAUAGACUUUUUUCCGUUUAUUGCAAUUAUUAUUUUAAUGAUUCAUUAUCAAGUUAUGUUAUUAUUUUUAAUAGUUCCACAGGCGAGUACGGUAAACAGAGCGUUCUAUGUGUUUCUCGCGUUCAUAUACUUGUUUUGCCUUAUGGAAUUUAAGAUCCGUUUCCGCCACGUCCGCGUAUGGCAUAUGUUUUGGAUCGUAGUGUGCACUGUAGAGAUCGUUGUAUUCAUCGUGGUGUGGGCGACGGUUGAUAACAACCUACAUAAUUGGUGGAGAAAUUUUAUUGUCAUAGUAACAAUUGUGAGCAUGUUGCUAAGCUAUAUCCUUUUAACAAUUUAUUUUUUACUUUUGCAACCACGUGAAACUGUAAUUUAUAUAAAUAAGAAUAAUAAUAAAAGUAUGACUGUGUCAACAGUCGACAUUUACUAUCAAAUCGUCAAACCAAAAUUGGAGUUAGAUUUGGAAUGGGUUACGGUAGUAGCAAAGAUUGCUUUAGUUACUUAA